AUGCCUGAAGACAUCCGUCUUUUAAUUGUUUCCAAGAUCGCCUCCACCUCCCCCAUCAACUACUUCAAUACGAUCAUUACCUGCAAACGCCUCCACUUCGGUCCUGAAUACUACCCUGUUGCUAAAGCUCUGAACCUCAAACCCCUGGUCAACCAGCCUUCUCUAGCCAACCGGUACCGAAUGUUGGUCGCCAGAUGCCUCGAAGCCAACAAUAUUGAUGCCCACUUUGUUAAAGGUAUGCUUGAAUACUUUGAAUCUCAAAAUCAGAUCUUAGGUUUACAUCACAUCCACAUAGCUUCAAAGGGUGGUCACAUCCAAGGGACGUACGUUUACGGUGUUCUCCUCAUGGCCGUUGGCGAGACUGAUAACGGAGUGAAAAUCAUCAACAAACUAACCGAUGAUAAAGGUAUUUCAGUAGUGGAAGAAUGCAUGGAAAAUUUCCAGCGUUCUAUAGAACGCCCCUUUCUUCACAUGAAAGAAACCUAUGUGAGUUCAAUGCAGAAAAUGUGGCCACAUCUAAACUGCCAUCCUCAAGAGGGAGCUGAUACCACGGUCUGCUCCAACUGUUUUCAUUUCUUCUUGCUGACCGAGUUCUACAAGAUGAUGUUGGGGUUCAAUGAUCUCAUGGAUUAA